GCCGCGCGUGGCGCUCGUGCCUCUAUUAAAGUCACACGAGUUAUUGUUCAUAAUUAUUCUUUCUUUGACCCAUUUUCGUCGCGUAUUCCUCUCUUUUAAUCGCUAGUUCGUUCGGAAUAUACAUUUGUGUAAAGUCGCCUACGCUAGCCUGCACCGGAGGCGUUCCUAACUGAUUGGAUUGUCAAGUUGUAUACACUAUUUGUAGAUAAUAUAAAAGGUGGUCGAAAUUUUACAAACAACAGCAUCAAUAAUUGAUCAAGAUAGGGCCAAUUACAGAAUUGCGAUGGCAAUCUGGUGGAAAAAAAACUCAAGAGGACAACAACAUUGCAAUUCAUGUCAUUCCACCCGAUGGAGAAGAAGAUGACGAGUUCGUGCCGCCGCUGCGCGUGCGUCGAAAACUCAGCACUCCUCUUAGUUCAAUCCCCGGUUCUAUGGAUGGAUUUUCAGGACAAGAUCUCCUUCGUACGUCACCAAGUCGCUGUCUGUCUCCUUUAGACCGUACCAAACGUCGCUUUAGCACCAUGGUCUCCAGUGCUGCGGCCGCUGCCGUUUCGCGCCGGCUUUCCGCGACCAUUGGCUGGUGUCUCGCGACAUCUACGCAAGUCAAACCUCAGAUCGUUAGACAGGGACGAGCGCUGUGCCUACAAUACAUAAAAACUCAAAUACGGCGAUCGCCCACCUGCCCAAAAAAGCAAAUAGUGCUCAAGCGUCUUCAAAGAAUGUUAGAAACAGAAUGCGGUGAAGAAGCUGUAAAUAACACGGACACUGGCGUGCUGGCUGCUUUACGCGCACUCUGUGCUGCUUUAGAGAGAAAACGUCCUGACGCAUUCAGACAUGUUGCGAGACAAGCAACCCGUGCUCCAUCCGCCAUGCUGCGAUCAGACACCGCGCUCGCUGAGCUGACCCUUGCACUUGCUCGCCGCAUCACCAGAGAGAAUAUUACAUGGUCCAAGAUUGCAGCCGUGUACUGUAUUUGUGGAGCUCUAGCUAGAGAGGCUGCUGAGGCUGCAGAUGGCGAACCAGCUCUAGAAUUGGUGGCGGCACCAGCCGCAGCUAUUGCAGAUCUACUUCACGAGGAUCCAGGAUCUUGGAUUGCCUCACAUGGUGGAUGGAAUGGGCUUAUAGAACGUCUUCGAAUCAGUGAACGAGAUCACCGAUCUGAAAAGACACUCCGAGUAAUGGUUUCGUUCUUCGUGAUGGCUUGUCUCAUUCUACUGUUAUUGCGAUGGGUUCUGCGUGCUCAUCCAGCAUAUUAUGAUUAAUUAUGUACGUUAUAGACAAACAAACCAAAUAGAUUUUCUGAAGGCAUCUAUUACAAACAAUUAAAAUCCAUUCCCUUGAUCAUCAGUUUUGGAGUUCUUCUGAUAAACAUAAAAAAAACACUAGCAGCAAGUUUAUUUGUUGAUAGAGACGUGAGAAAUAAUUCAUUUUAUUUUGAUUAGUUGCUUUAAGUUUGUUUUUAUACUUGGAAUUUAUACUUCAAUCAAUACAGUAAAAUAACCAAAAAUAUAUUUUUUUAACUAUGGAUUUCAAUUGCUUUUUUCUCAAAACUUUCUAAAAUUUAUCAUCAUCAUCAAACUCUCUUUCUUCAAACAAAACUUAAAUAACGAUUAAAAAAUCGGUCCUAAUUACGAAAACUAUAUAAUGUAUAAAAUAUGUGGCUAUGUUUUUAAAUUUCUUAGAAUAUUUAUAGAAUUAAUCGUCUUUAUGAAAAUUAGCCUGUGUUUCAAAAUAUUUGUUCCUGAAAUGUAUUAUUUAAAUUAUGAAUAGAAGCUUGUGUGCCUUUAAUAUGUUACUAGAAUAUAAGUGCCCAAAAUUGCACAAAAAAAGGAAAAAAAUUGUUGUUAAAAUAUGAAGUAUAGUUUUUUUAGAUAAUAACUUUUUUUUGUAUAUAGAGGAAAGCUUUUGCUUACCUGUUUAAAGUAUUAUAAUAUUCAUAA